AUGCCUCCCUUACCAGGUGCUAGCAAGAAGAAGAAUCGAGAUGGCCGGCAGUCCCGAAGCAGGAAUACCACCCCCAGCUCGGUUCUCAGUGCCGGUACUGCGCCGCUGGGACCAACGGCCACUCCUCUCCUCGACCUGGAAGCGUCCAAACUCCUGGUGUCUUCGAAGCCCAAUUAUGCAGAGAUCAUAGAUCAUUUGGAAACUCAUGGCUCUAAGCUGGAGCCCAAGUCGCUGCACGAGAUUAUCGAUCAGUUGAAGCAUCUCAGCGAAUCGGCCGAAAAACGCGCCGAAUCAUGCGAGAAAGCCAUCCGCCUCAUUCAUGAACAGAAGAAGAAUGUGGAAACAGAUCAGCAAGAUCGCGACCGCCAGGCAGAGCAGGCUCGCCGGGCGAAGGCGCGCAAAGAGGAAGUCCAUUCGCAGAAGAAUCCCAAGGCAAAGAAGCGAAAAGACCGACCCGAGAAUGUCGACAACGUCGAGAUCAAGAAGGAAGAUGAACCCUCAAAGACGAAACCGUCCCGUGCCACACCCGGGCCUUUGGACAGUCCUUCUCCUUCAAAGAAGACCAAACUCAGUCCUGGUACUUCAUCACUAUCUGAAGUUGCUGAUUCACCAGAGGCAGCAGCUGCCAGUGCGCACGCCUCCCCAACCAAGUCGGACGUGUCAAUGUCAGAUGCUGAAGACGCUCGUGUUGUCCAGCCACCUGUGCCGCAGCAAGGUUUCUUCCCUGACCCCCUAGCGCCUGACCCAGUCGUCUACCACAUUCGGGAGGUGACGCCCGGCAUGUCGGACGAGGAGAAGAAGGAGAUUUACAGCGUCACUGCGUAUCCGACAAAGGACCUGAGUGAUCAAGUCGCAGGCACUCCGCCUGACAAAGACUUUAGCAAUGCCAAACCCACCAACCAAGUCGCUGCCAACACAUUCCUGACGUAUGUUGAGCCUUAUGUGCGACCUCUCACGGAAGAGGACAUUGCCUGGUUGCGCGAACGAGGUGAUCGAACAACUCCAUUUCUCGCAGUACCUCGAGGCAAGCGUUCCUAUCAGGAGAUCUGGGCGGAAGAAGAUUCAGGAACGAUUUCUGUCGAGAAUGGCAACGACAAACUGUCCUCGAAUCAUCCCAGGGGAAGUGUGGAACAGAUCAACGAUGAUAAUAUCGCGACCGAUCAGAUCUCGACUGGACCGCUCGCUAGCCGGCUGCUGUCCCUCCUCAAGUUCGAGCACCGCACACCGGCGAGUGAGACCAAUCCCGCAGGCGACUUGAAUUCUUUUAUGGCCGACGGCAACGACACUAUGGAUUUGGAUGGGCUCACCAACGGUCAUGACACUUCUGAGAAGCCACUGCCCCCUGCAGCAGCUGUGGCGGACCAGGCACCUGCAAAAUCGUCCAAUUCCCAGCGUCUUGACUACAUCCAGGGCGAGGAGCGAAUCAAAGGCGAACUCCGACAUCUUGGCCUCCUGGGACAGGAUGAAAAUCCCGAUUUUGAAGCCCACCAUGAUGAUGAUAUCAGCGAAAGACUGCGCUUGCUUCAGGGAGAGCUACGCCGGGUCAUGGUCGUGAACGGGGCUCGCAAAUCCCGCCUGCUAGACCUGGCUAAGGAACGGCUCGCGUUUCAGGAAUACAGCACGAUCCACGAAGAUCUUGACAGUCAAGUCCAACAAGCCUAUCUCAAGCGAACUCGGACGUUGGGAAAGACAAAGAAGGGUGGUCCAGGUGCCAACAAACCACGACCGGGCGCCCACGGCGUGGGCGGACCUGGCACAGCGAUGAGCGUGAACAGAGCCCGAGAUAUUGGUGACUCGGCGCGGAUGCUUAUGGAUCGCAGACGGAGAUGGGAGAACUGCAUCGGGCCGGUCUUCAAAGACAUGAAUCACGGCAUUCCACCCAAGGGCACGACCUUGUGGGAUCCAAAGAUCAUGGAAGCCUAUGAGAAAGCCGAGUUGGAAGCUCUCGAAGAAGAAGCAGAAGAGUAA